GUUUGUCAGAAGCUCCAAUGAGAUUGUUUAUUGUGCUCAGUGUUUGCGUUGCGUUGGCCUCCGCUGGCUAUGGAGGCGGCGGUGGUGGUGCCUCGUCGACGGCAUCCGCGUCGGCUAGUUCCAGCGCCAGUGCUGGCGGCAAAUUUGGUGGUGGUGGCGGCGGUGGCUUAGGCGGAGGCUUGGGCUUAGGUGGCGGCCUUGGAUUAGGACUAGGCGGCGAUCUGGGUCUUGGCGGUGGCAAGCACGGUGGUGGCGGUGGAGGUCUCGGACUAGGUCUGGGAGGUGGACACGGUGGAGGAGCUGGAGGUGGUCCAUUUGGAGGUGGCGGCGGCGGCUUUGGAGGCGCUGGCGGUGGCUCCUCUUCCUCAGCUGGUUCCAGUGCAACUGCUGGUGGACACGGAGGUGGUGGCAGCUAUGGUGGACCUGGAUUUGGUGCCGGUGGCGGAGGUGGCGGACUGGGAGGUGGCCAUGGAGGUAGUGGCGGAUUUGGAGGCCACGGUGGUGGCGGCAUUGGAGGUGGCGGCAUUGGAGGUGGCCAUGGAGGCGGUGGCCUUGGAGGCGGUGGUUUCGGCAGUGGUGGUCACGGAGGCAGUGGUUUCGGUGGUGGCGGCCAUGGAGGCGGUGGUUUUGCCGGUGGCUCAGCAGGUGGAUCAGCAGGCGGUGGAUUCGCCGGUGGAUCAGCAGGUGGAUCAGCAGGUGGUGGACAUGGCGGUGGCGGCUUCGGAGGCGGACUAGCAGGAGGUGGUCAUGGAGGUGGUGGUGGCCUUGGAGGCGGUGGAGGCCUUGGCAUCGGCGGCGGCCUUGGAGGUGGUGGUUACGCGGGCGGAUCGGCAGGUGGCGGCCAUGGAGGCAGUGGUGGCUUUGGAGGCGGUGGUCAUGGAGCUGGUGGAUCUGGCUUCGGAGGUGGACCUGGGCUUGGUGGUGGCAUUGGAGGCGGUAGUGCAGGUGCGUCAGCUGGAUCCAGCGCCAGUUCAGGUGGCAUUGGCGGCGGCCAUGGCGGCGGCGGCGGCAUUGGUGGACCAUUCAUUGGCGGCGGUCUUGGAGCAGGCGGUGGUGUUGGGCUAGGCGGCGGCAAGCAUGGCGGCGGCGGCUACGGCGGCGGCGGCUACGGAGGUGGCGGCUACGGAGGUGGCGGCAAGCAUGGCGGCGGCGGUGGAUACGGUGGCGGCGGCAAAUCUGGUGCCAGCUCCUCUGCAUCGGCCUCAGCCUCAUCCUCUGCAGGCGGCUAUGGUCGUUAGUUUAGUUAAUUUAAGUUCUCCAUUUGCCAACCAACUACAAAACGAAAGAGUAUUUCAAAGUCAAUAAGAGACCUCAAAUCAAUUUUUAUAAUAAAACGAUUUUUAUAACAAACAAA